UUCAAUCCCCAGUAUUGCAAAAACACUCUAAAGUAACCCAGAUGAUAUUCAUACAGCAAAGUCUGGCUUCAGAGUCUAUGGAAGGAGAAAUUUAUAACUUCUGGAUUCUGGUAAAUUUCAUUGUCCCAUUUAAUCCUGAUUCACCAAUCCUAACCCCCACUUCACUUCAGUAAAGAUCUCAGAUUUAAAAAAGCUUUCUGAGCAUUUUAAAUUUUAAAUUUUUACUGGUUCCUUAAAAUGCAGCCACAAUUGUCUUCAAGGCAUAGACCAAAUAGUAUUAGCUGAUUUAGGUAAUCAGGUCCAUAUUCGCAGAGUCCCUUUUUAGAGCUGAGGCGGUAGGGAAUCAGUAGCUUUUUCAUGAACAAAACAUCGGCUUUACAUUCUACUUUUCAAGAAUCCUGUACAAAAAAGCACGGGUUCUUAACUUGUGAUCCUGGGUCCCUAGAAUGGAUGAAUUUUCCCAAAAUAGGCAGAAAGAAUUGUUAUAUUUGCCUUUUUUCCAUCUUUAAAAUAAUUUCAAUGUCGUUCUAAGUCGUCUAUUCCAAAAAUAACUGCCGGUUAACUUAGGUCACUUCUACUAUCCAAUAGCGAGAAAUCAAUCUUUGUGGCACCUAUUAAUUAAUGUCUCCUUUUCCUGCAUUUGAGAAAAGGAAAUCGAAAACGUCUUAAACCGCUGUCGCUUCUUUGUUGACCGACGGAAGGGACCCUUUCGGGAAGGGACCUGGUGGGCUGCGGGUUGGAGAGCCGCUGCCAAGCCCACGCGCCCAGUUCUGAAUUCUUCACCUUAUUUAGAGAUCGUUACCAACUAGACCCUAGGAACAACCGGACCAGUCGUCACUCGAAGUAGGGAAGCCGCUGCAAGCAGUUCCUGACCCGGAAUCAGAUCGUGGUCCCGCCCCCUACGCGCCAGGCUUCCUCCUACAACAGGCGUGGGUCACGCUCUCGCUCGGUCUCUUUCUGCCGCCAUCUUGGUUCCGCGUUCUCCGCACAAAAUGCCCGGUGAAGCUACAGAAACCGUCCCUGCUACAGAGCAGGAGUUGCCACAGCCCCAGGCUGAGACAGGGUCUGGAACAGAAUCUGACAGUGAUGAAUCAGUACCAGAGCUGGAGGAGCAAGAUUCCACACAAGCAACCACACAACAAGCCCAGCUGGCUGCAGCAGCUGAAAUCGAUGAAGAACCAGUCAGUAAAGCAAAACAAAGUCGGAGUGAAAAGAAGGCACGGAAGGCUAUGUCCAAAUUGGGUCUUCGGCAGGUUACGGGGGUUACUAGAGUCACUAUCCGGAAAUCUAAGAAUAUCCUUUUUGUCAUCACAAAACCAGAUGUCUAUAAGAGUCCAGCUUCAGAUACCUACAUAGUUUUUGGGGAAGCUAAGAUUGAAGAUUUAUCUCAGCAAGCACAGUUAGCAGCUGCUGAGAAAUUCAAAGUUCAAGGUGAAGCUGUCUCGAACAUUCAAGAAAAUACACAGACUCCAACUGUACAAGAGGAGAGUGAAGAGGAAGAGGUUGAUGAAACAGGCGUGGAAGUUAAGGACAUAGAAUUGGUUAUGUCACAAGCAAAUGUGUCAAGGGCAAAGGCUGUCCGAGCCCUGAAGAACAACAGUAAUGAUAUUGUAAAUGCUAUUAUGGAACUAACAAUGUAACCAUCUGAAAGGAAGACUUUUUUGGUGUUUCAAAAAGGUCACGGCAGUGUGGUUUGAAAUUUGUACUGUUUCUAUCACUAAUAAAGUUAUGACUUAUUGGAUGAA